CCUUUAGGCCGCUUUUAAUGGUUCUUUCCGACCUCAGUUCUUCUACUUCUUCCUCUCGUAGCCCGCCGAAAUCGCCAUAAAGUUCAUUUUGGCCGAAGCUGCCAAAGCCACAAUAAGGCCAGUCCAUUCCAGCCGAGGUGUGAAGCGAUAGUUAUCAACUGUAUCGCAGGUGUUUUGUUAAAAUUACACAGCAAUACUCAACCGUCAUCCUUUGUAAACUUUCCCCACUUCAGCUCAUCAAUAAAAAGCAUAGCGAAGUUGUUGAAAAUGAAGUAUAUUUUAUAGUUGCCAAAAUACAACCAUAUUUACUACAUUUUGCAAAUCAAUAUUCGCACGCUUUUUAUUAUGACGACGGCUACCCGCCGCUAAAAAAGUCGCCGAUUGCCCGGGUACCAAAUAGAUGGUACACAGUGGACUUUGAACGCACCAACAAUCGAAUAUGGUACUAAUUAUUGGUCCCAGUUUAAUGAUGGGUCGAUUUGCAAAAUUACUACGGGUUUUUAACGCCCGAUCGCUUCAUAGCGUAAGUUUAUAGUAUAUGUUUAGUAUUGUUUACUAGUCAUUUGCAAGAAAUUUUACGCAUUUUUAUACCAAUUUAGUAACUUGGUAUGACGUCAUUGUUUACAAUAUCAAGAAUUAUAUAAAACAAUAACAGUGUUGCAAUUCGAUUAUUGUUAUGGUUAUAUUUCGUAUUAAAUGUAUAACCUUACAUUUUUGGUAGAAAUAUUUAUUUGUGUUUUACUCAACUAGAUAGCUCUAUCAGUUCUAAAACCAGUAAGGAUUAUCUGUUACUGGCAGGGACGCCGGAACUGGGGGGGGCAGGGGGGGCGGCUGCCCCCCCUGCCUUUUGCUAGGGGGGCAGGGGGGGCAGAAGUGCCCUUUUAGUUUUAAAAAAUUACGUGAUAAAUCACAUUUAGAACAAUGGUUUUUGUCCGAAAAUUAUGAGAUUCAGACAUUUACAGUUUAUAUUUCACUUAUGGUAUGUCCGGAAAAAAUUUUUGACCCCUAAAAUGGUACACUGACCGAAAUUUUUUUCACACAAGCCUGAAAUAAUAAGCCAACUAAAUAUUGCAAAAGUCAAACCCUAUUCACAAAGUUGAAAUAUAUGUGCAUGCAUUGACCACACCCUUUUAGCCCUUCUGGUCACCAGUGUGCAAGCAAAAUACUUAAUACUAGUAAACAAUACCACAAAAGUAGUGGUGUAGCUUGGCUACACCAGUGUGUGGGUUGUUCAUGCUGCUUCAUUGACUAAGGGUGCAUCAGUGUUACACAAACAAUUGGACAAACAGAAAGAAUUAAACUUUUACCGCUGUGUUUGAAACAGGAUAGCAUUCGCAAUGGCUUCAGAGGGACAGUUGCAUGGUAGGUAAUUUAUUCUUACAUUAAAAUAAUUACUCUACUAUGUUCAAGAACUUAUCAUGAUGGUAAAUUUAAUCUCAUAAUGCAAUAAUAUCUCAUUAUAGGACUCCAUUGAUUAGACUAAACAAGCUCAGUGAAGCAACAGGCAUGUGGUAUUUUAAUUAUGAUAAAACAAGAAUCCUUUAAUGUACAAGGAUGGAUUUACUGCAGUCAUCGAUCUGCACCCCCAUUCUUUGCUUCACCAAUGAGGGUGCUAGUUUCUAACUAUUUUAAGCCUUUUCAGAUCUCCUGGACUAUAUCUAGGCAAAACUGUUCCGGACUUCAAAUUAAAGAUAACCAGCUUGGCCAAUGCCCUUAGCCCUCCCUGCAUUGGUUGCACUCCACCCUAUAUUACAAGUCCCUGUUUGGCACCCUGUACAGUUUAUGAGAUUCAUCCAUGCAACCUAGCUAAGUUGAUCAAAUUGUUUGUUACAGGAUGUAAUAUUAUGGUGAAAGCAGAAUUUUUAAAUCCAAGUGCAUCUGUGAAAGAUAGAGCAGCUUUAUAUUUAAUUAAAGAUGCUGAGGAAAAAGGUUUUGAGAUCUGAUCUAUUAAUUACAAUAAAAUUUCAAAAUCUGUCAAAAUUCAUUGGGCAAUACAUGAAUUCUAGGGAGAACAGUUUAGAACUGAUAGAGCUUAAUCCAGUCCAAUCCAAAUAUAAUUCGUUUAGUUAAGUUUAAUAAACUGAGGGAACAGACUGUUGAGAUCCUUGCUCUACUUCUUGUGUGUAUUGCUUAACAAACCUCAGUAAUCGCAGUAUAAUUCUAUCUUGUAUAAAAUGUCUUUACUGUAGGGUUAUUAGAACCAGGUGGCACUGUGGUUGAAGGAACUGCAGGGAAUACUGGUGAGAAAGUUUCCUUGGUUAUCUUGACAUUGCUAAUCAGGGCUGUCGCUAAGGGGCGGUGUUGCGGGUGUGACACCCCCGUUGAAAACAAUAAAGUUGUGAAAAUGAUGAAGUUGUCUCUUCUGCCCCUCCCCCAACACAUAUUUUGGAAAAUUUGGUCGCCAAAUUUUUAGUUAUGUCGGCAAAUACAAUACCCCCCUAAACCUCUUCACAACGACCCUGUUGCUAAUUCUACCUACCUGUAGCUCUUCUUAACUCUUAUGCAAUUUAUCAGGUAUUGGUCUUGCUCAUAUGUGCUUAGCAUCCGGGUACAAAUGUGUCAUUUAUAUGCCUGAUACUCAAUCACAGGUGCGUAUGUUUCAGGCGUGAUGUUAGUUUACAUUGCCGAUCGAAGAGAGGAUUUGUGUAAUAGAGACUGAACUACGCCUUCAAUGUUUAGGAGAAGAUAGACAUGCUAAGAGUUCUGGGUGCGGACGUCAGACCAGUACCAGCGGUAGCAUAUGAUAAUCCGAACAAUUACAACCAUCAGGUAUAUUGGUUGGCAAUUUAUUCAAAGAUUUUCCCUCAUAACCAAUUGAGAAUUAUAGGGUUUUUUCAAAGAAUGAUUUAUAAUUAUUAGAGAUUUUAUAAUUUGCAGAGAAUUGACGCGAUGACACAGGUCAUAUAUACGCAGUGCCGAAAAUUGGUACAACUAAUUUUGGCGGCAUUUUGCAUCAGGCAUAGCGCUCAUGUAAGGAAGCAAAAAACAAUCUUAUGUUUUGUCAUAUAUGUUGAAGAUUACCACAAACUGAUACAAACAUAGUUUGUAAUCCAGUCCCCCUGGUAAUCCAGUCCCUCUGGAAAUGGUUCUGGGAACAAGUCAUGCCCGGUUACCAUUUUCCUGGUAAGACGAGACGGGAAAGGCAAGACGGAACCAGUUAAAACUACGGGAACCCGGAAAAAUGUUUAAGUUACCAGAAUAUGAAGGGGGUGGAUUAAACACGAAGAAAACGAAAACAACUAGGUGAAUUGAGGGGUAAAUAGAUUAACUAAAUUGCAGUACCCACAUGCCAGAAUAUUGGCAGAAUGGAACAGAUGAUCUGCUAGAUUUGCCGAGCAUUUAAAGGCGAAUUAUCAGACGCUCUAUAUUUUCAGUUUGUCCAAUCCCUUGACAGAUCAUUCGUCUCCGAUAGAACUGCAUGUGUGUUUUUUCACUAGGCAAAAAGAUAUGCAGAAAGUUUGGACAACGCAAUCUGGACAAACCAGGUAGUUGCUAGUCAAAUGCUUAUAAAUUGCAAAUCGCCAUCUUACGCAUUACAAUAAUAUAGGCGUAUUUUUCAAACUAUAGUUCGACAACACAGCGAAUCGAAGAGCGCACUUUGAGACUACAGGUCCUGAAAUAUGGCAGCAAACGGAAGGCACAGUGGAUGCAAUCACAUUUUCAACGGGAACCGGUGGAACACUUGCCGGUAGACAUGGAUAUAAUGUUGAAGGGAGUUGGAAAUGGCAUUUUUUUACUUUUAUUGUGAAAAUGCAACAAUACGACGGCCUAUAUAUACAGUAGUUAGUCCUGAGUCCCAAAAUAUGGAUGAAUGUGUUGUAAAUCACUCUUUGCAAAUGACUCUGUACCCCUUAUAUAUCUGAAGACUGGUUCAGGGCCAGAUUAACAACAUCCAAGUUGAAUGGUUACGCUGGUAAUAUUCAAAGGCAUAAACCAUCCAAGUUGAAUGGUAAUGCCGACAAUAUUCAAAGUAUACCCAGGCAACUUUUCAAUUUACGAAAUAUAACAGGAUUUGCGAGUCAUUCUGAAUUCAGUGUUUAAAAUGUCGUGGGGGAGGGGGUUCAAGGGGCCCCGCGCUGAUAAUAUGCCACGGGUCCCGCGAAACAGCGGUAUACUAAAAAGGCGUUGUAUGUUGUACUAUUUUAAGGUUCCGGUAUGUUUCUGAAAACGAAGAAUCCUGGAGUAAAAGUGAUUAUUGCUGAUCCCCCGGUAUGCAUUGCCUUCAUAAACUGAUCAAGAUAAAUAAAAAAAAAAGUUCACAUUUUAACCGUGCGUCUUUAUAACAAUGGUUUUUAGGGCAGUGUGUUAUAUGAAUAUUUCAAAAGUGGCAAAUUAGAAAGAACUGGCGAUGACUCGAUAACAGAAGGUACAUUCCUCAUUUGGGAUCGUUUAAUUUCACAUUGUAUGUGAUUCACGUGAUUUAAGAUUCCUUAGCAUGAUGCAAAUAUAGAAUCGAGGAGUGAUUACAUUAUGGAGCUGGUUGAUUUAAUUAAACUGUGCUGUAGGUAUUGGGCAAGGACGAGUUACUGAAAAUAUGAAAGGCGCUUUUGAAAAAGGUAUUAUCGAUGAUGCUGUACAUGUCCCGGAUAGAGACUCUGUUGAAAUGGUAAGAUAAAUUAAUGUUUGUUUGUUUGUUCGUUCGUUUGUUUGUAAGUAUAGGUUUUUAUAUCCUAUACGUACCAGAUUUUUAUAUAAUCUCUUCUGACUGUUUGAGGUGUUUUAUCUACUUCACGAAGAAGGCUUUUUCGUCGGUGCAUCUUCAGGAUUGAAUGUGGCCGCUGCCGUUCAGGUAUUGUUACAAUUACAGCAUAUAUUGUUACAUUUGAAGUGUCAAGUCUAAAAGCACUGUUUCAAUUGAAUUAUGCUGAAAUGUUGUUACAUAUUCUAUGUGUUUUUUUGUACCAGGUUGCUAAUCAUCUCGGUCCAGGACACACAAUCACGACAUGCUUGUGUGACACAGGUCAAGUAAGUUGUCUAGAAAUAUUAUUGUUGUACCUAAUAUGAAGCCUCCGUCAAACGAAGAUGUUUGAUCGCCAACUCGCAUGCUCUCGUAUCAACUUUGUGCACUGCUUCAAAUUUUGAUGAGAGAUUUUGCUAAACUCUUCUUUUCGUUUGGCCGUGGCAUGAGAGUUGAGAUAACUCUCAUGUAAACUCUUGCUUCUCAACUCUUACCCUCGUUCGACCAGGGCCGGUUGUUCAAAGCGGAUUAGUUUAACCCUGGGUUAACCUAAAAUUUAAAGGAAACUUUCUGACAGCUUGUCUAUACAUUUGGAAAGAUUUCUUCAGAAAUCGUGUCUGGAUCAAUAGGAGUUUACUUGUCUGAAGUUUUGAAAUAAACAGACGUGCAGAAAUACAUAAACUAAAACAGCAAGUUAAAUUUUAACCCAGGGUUAGCGCUAAUCCAGCUUUGAACAACCGGCCCCAACAAUCGUUACUGGGCUUAACAAUCAUGUGUUAUAACGUUGAUUGCUUACACUUGUUCUGUUUUUCAGCGCUACUAUGCAAGAUUGUUCAAUAGAGAGUGGUUGCAAGAGAAAGGUGCGUAGCCUGUACGCUGAUAUAAAUUCUCCUAGAGAUCAUGACUCGGGUUUACGGAUGGAAAACGUAAAACUUGUUGUCUAUUCCAUACAACGUAUAGAAAUAAGAAACCAAGGGGGUGUUUUCACAGUAUGUAAUUUUAUUUUUCUCAUUUCAAGGACUCUUAGAAGCGAUCCCAGAGAAAUAUCGACACGCCCUUCAAUGAUCAGAAAGAUUUCCAAAUUCAAGGAACAAGACCUCGUGAUGUACUGUAGUUCUGUUUGAAGGAAGUAACACGCAAACAAACAUUCAAACAUCUGUCUGUAACAAUUUACUAUCUAAUUCUAACAGACAGUCUGUUAGAAUUAGAUAGUAUUUAAAAUGGAGCCAUGCAUGGAUAUAAUUUUGACGAUGUAGUUAGUUUUUCACUUUAAUUUGCUAUGCAGAUGAAUUGUACUAGAAUAUUCUGAUUUUGAUAAUUAUUAAUGGCUGAUUUAUUAAAUAAACAAUAAUUGUGAC